CGGCGAGGCAGCACCGAGACCCCGGUCCGGCACGGACAUGACUGGAGCGCCGCUCUUCGCGCGGUUCCUUCCAGCCCGCUAAAAAAAAAAAAAAAAAAAGACCGAAGAAGACUCGGAUGAGCGCGCGGGCCCGAACCGGCCGGACUUUGGCUUCCGUGCACUGAAGCGGGCCGUGCACGCAUGAGCAACAGACCACCUUGACAAGGUCGAGGCCACCCCCCCUCCCACCUCGUGAAAGUGGAGUGAACCCCGUCCUCGCAAAGUGUUUCCACAAGACUUUUUCCGCAAAGCGGGACCGUUUGCCGUAUUCGGCGCGGCGCCCCCGCGCCCCCAGGCCGAGGCAAUGGGCAGCGUACGAGGCGGCCGCUACAGCGUGGUGUCGUCAGAGGCCAACAUGGCGGUCGCUAACCUGACGGCAGCCAACGGCAAAGUGCACACGCGGCCGGCGUGGGCCAGCAGGUUCGUGAAGAAAGAUGGCCACUGCAACGUGCGCUUCGUCAACGUGGGCGAGAAAGGCCAGCGCUACCUGGCCGACAUCUUCACCACCUGCGUGGACAUCCGCUGGCGCUGGAUGCUGCUGCUCUUCUGCUUGGCCUUCCUGCUGUCCUGGCUCUUCUUCGGCUGCGUCUUCUGGCUGGUGGCCAUCUUCCACGGCGACCUGGAGGGCCACGCCCACAAGUGCGUCUCCAACGUCAGCAGCUUCACCGCCGCAUUUCUGUUCUCCGUGGAAACACAGACCACCAUCGGCUACGGCUACCGCUACGUGACGGACGAGUGCCCCGUGGCCGUGUUCGUGGUCGUCUUCCAGAGCAUCGUGGGCUGCGUCAUCGACGCCUUCAUCAUCGGCGCCGUCAUGGCCAAGAUGGCCAAGCCCAAGAAACGCAACGAGACGCUGCUUUUCAGCCACAACGCCACGGUGGCCAUGAGGGACAACAAGCUGUGUCUCAUGUGGCGGGUGGGCAACCUGCGGCGGAGUCACCUCGUGGAAGCGCACGUUCGGGCGCAGCUCCUCAGGUCACGCACCACGCCCGAAGGCGAGUACAUACCGCUGGACCAGACCGACAUCAACGUUGGCUUCGACAGCGGCGUGGACCGCAUCUUCCUGGUGUCGCCCAUCACCGUGGUGCACGUGAUUGACGAGGACAGCCCCUUGUACGACAUGAGCGAGCAGGACCUUCGCGCCUCGGAGCUGGAGAUCGUGGUCAUCCUGGAGGGAAUGGUGGAGGCCACCGCCAUGACCACGCAGUGCCGCAGCUCCUACGUGGCGGCCGAGAUCCUGUGGGGUCAUCGCUUCGAGCCCGUGCUCUUCGAGGAGAAGAGCUACUACAAGGUGGACUACUCGCGCUUCCACGCCACGUACGAAGUGGGCGGCACGCCGCGCUGCAGCGCCCGCGAGCUGGCCCGGAACAAGUACAUCCUAUCGGGCUCCGGGUCCUUCUGCUACGAGAACGAGAUGGCGCUGGAGAGCAAAGAGGACACGGACGAGGGCAACGGCGGCAGCGUCGGCCCCGACGGCACGCAGGCCGACAGCGUCUCCGAGACCGAACAGGAGCGGAUAGAACCGCUGAGGAGGGAGUCGCAAAUUUGACAUUGGGAACGGUACCGCCGCGUGUUCGGGACGUGGGUGGCGUUUCCCCGCGUCGCCGUCCGCGUGACAAGGAGCGGGUCCGUUGUGGGAAUGGUACAAGGACUCGAUGGUGAGCUGGUCUCAGAAAAGACCCAUCAGAACCUUUCACUGACAAUCUGAAUGUUCUAGAAGGUGCCAAAGGCUGUCACUGCUCAUGUUCUUUAGACUUGGUACCCACCUGUACAAGUGCUAUCAGGUUUGUGUGUUUGUGGCGAGGAGACCUCCGCCAAGGCAAGACACGCGCGCCGGCUAGCAUCCUGCUAACCGGCUAACAAGGCUGGGGUUACAGGUUAUGUCAUGAUGUGUAAAUACAUUUGCUUCACACUUUUUUAGAAGAAAAUAAAAAUCAAAAUGGCGUCA